AUGAAUAUGGGUAUGAAUGGCAUCGGUCUUGCCAAUGAUGUCAUGCUGAACAAUGGAUUCAAUAAUCUUGCUCAGUCUGGUUCACCAAUUUCUCAGUCUCUUGAUGCUACAAUGUCACCCAGUAUGACAUCUACAUCAAUGUCGGCAAAUGCUAUGAAUCCUGCAGAUUUAAUAACCAACGGAAUAAUUAAUCCUGCAAUGAUGUUGAACAAUGCGCCUGGUUUGAAUAUGAUGGGCAUGUAUGGUGGAAACAAUCCUGGUAAUGAGGAUGCUGGUAACUUGCAGAAUGUAAUGAUGAUGAUGCAACGGUUACAACAGCAACAGCAACAACAACAGCAACAACAAAAAGAAUUUGAAGAAGCGUUUACAAGCCGGUCUUAG